AUGUCUGUCAAACUUGAUGUGUUUGGGCAGCAGCCUCUGCUCCGAAUAUACACUCAACUUGUCUUUUGUUAUCCUGAACGGAAGCCAAUUGAGUCAGGUUUUAUUGUAUCUCGUCUAAUAGAUGGUAUUUCGAAGCUCAAGAAAGUUGCACCAUGGGUAGGAGGACGCAUAUUUGAUGAAAACGGUGUGGCGAAAGUAACUGAAAGUGGAAAUAGCCAUAUUUUGACAAUCAAGGAUCUACGAAAAGAUACGACUUAUCCUGACUUUACUGAACUUCAAAGAAAUGAUUUCCCAUUUAAAUGGCUAGAUGAGAAAGUCCUUUGUCCUCGAAUGACCAUACCUGGAACCCAGAAUGAAGUGAAUAAAAAUGCGGAAUGUCCUUUUUUAAUUCAAUUGACGGUAAUAAAAGGAGGAUAUUUGUUGUCCUUUGUCGGAGAGCAUGCACUGAUGGACAUGGGAGGUCAGUUUGAAUUAAUGGAAGUUUUCUCAAAACUCUGUAAUGGUGAAGUAUUGACGGCUGCGGAUCAACUGAAGCUUCAAUUAAACAAAUCAUGCAUGCCAAUUUACAAUGAUAAACGCAUACUACCUGAAGAAAGCAAUGUUAUUCGGGAAAAGAAUGGUCAAAUUGGAGGUGAUUUUUCAUGUUCGUGGAGGUAUUUCAAAUUUUCAAGAAGUAGUCUACUUCAAUUAAAAAAGGUAUGCAUGCAAGAAUUGGUAAGCGGUUUUGUUUCAACUGAUGACUGUCUUUCGGCACUAAUAUGGCGUUCUGUUCUAAAAGCACGAAAGCAAAGACAAGGAGAAAGUCAAAUUGUUUAUUUUUACCGUGCUGUCGAUAUUAGACCCUUUCUUGGCUUUGAGAAAAAUCAGAUGGGUGUAUUUGUCAAUAUGGCAUUAAGUCAUUCAUCAAUUGGUGAAGUCCUAUCAAGUAAGUUGGGAACUCUUGCCACAAAUUUACGAGCCAAGCUUGCCCGUGAUUCAAUUAUUCGAAAUUCGAUGAUUACAGCCACAAAAAUUCAUAGGGCAAAAGAUAAAAAUGCAGUUAAUAUAACACCUGAUUUAGAUAGCUCCUUGGAUAUCCAAAUUAGCUCUUGGUCGAAAUUCAAAUGUUUUGACCUUGAUUUUGGAAUGGGACUUGGAAAUCCAGUUGCAGUUAGAAGGCCCCAGUUUAUCACGCUCGAAGGAUUGAUUUAUUUUAUGCCGAAAACCUUGGACGGUAGUGUUAUUGUUGGGUUAUGCUUAAGAAAUGAUGACUUUGACAAGAUUAUGCAUGAUGAUUCUUUUAUGCAAUACUGUAAAGUUAUAGGUUGA